AUGGGCUCAGUCGCAAACUCCGACCUUACGCUACCCGACGCUGUGGUUCCUAAACGCGAGCCUAGUAUAGAGAGAUAUACUUCCUCCCCAGCCUCAUCGCCUGAGCGUGAUGAUAGUGCUGGCGCCGUCUCGGAGAAGACCAACCAGGAGCCUGCGCCAGCACCGAAACGCAAAGGAGGUCGGAAGCCGAUCUAUGCCACGUCCGAAGAGCGUAAGCAGAGGAAUCGUCAGGCGCAAGCAGCAUUCCGUGAACGACGAACAGAGUACAUCAAGCAGCUAGAGACAACCAUCCAACACCAUGAGGAGACGUUGCAAAACCUCCAGCAGAGUCACCGUGCCGCGGCUGAUGAAUGUCUAAUGUUGCGUUAUAAGAAUUCUCUGCUAGAACGCAUUCUUCUGGAGAAAGGCAUUGAUGUACAGGCCGAACUUGCCCUCAAGGGCAGCCCCAAUCUUCGCCCUCACCGUGCGCCUCCGAUCACCGGUCAGGCAUCGCCCAUGCAGAAAGCCAUGAUGAGUCGUCAGCAGCAAGCGAGACAUCGUCCUGCAAUGGCACCGCCUAUUCAGACUGUAAAUUCAUCUUCCCAGGUUGGUGGACAAGGGAGUUUCGCAGGCUCACCCAACGUACAGCCCACUCCACCUUCACAGCAUUCAUCACCCUCAGCAGCACGAUCGCCCGGCUUUGCCCUGCAAGGUGGGAUGACCUCGCCGGCCGCUGACAUGACAAGUCAGCCACAGCAGCAGCAAGCAGGAGGCCGGACACUACCGCCUCCGCAGCACCAAAACUAUGCGCAGCAGCGUCGAAUUCCAGGACGAUCAAUGUCGUCGAAUUCCAACGCUCCGCAAGGCUUCCCACCUCGCCCCCAGCCGAAUCCUACCAUGCAAGAUAAUUACUAUCCUCCCUCUUUUCAGAAACAUUAUUCGCAGCUAGGCAAGUGUACAGAGCAGGAGUACGAUGCACAACCCGACAUCAUGGACGAUUUAGACGGCGACGAUGUCGAUACCGACAGCUUCAUUCCUAACUUCCGACUUCCUCCUACGACUGGGCACACCAUGCAAAUGGGCAUGCAAGCAUCGCCCCCUAUGACGACGAGUGCUGCUAGCGAUGGAGGCAGUGGAAACCUCUUAAUUGAUCCGUACGACCCAAUGCUGGACGCAGAUCCAUUCGGUCUGACGGCAAGCAUGCAUUUUCCGAACCCUUACACAUAUCCGCCGUCACAGUCCAGGAGGUAG